AUGGCAGCGGACAGCGAUGGGCUAGGCUCGGCGGGCGGCGGGUCGUGCGGCGUGGUGGUGACAUGCGAGGGCGACCUGCGCGACCCGCGGUUUCCCGCGCGCCUGCGCCGAUUGUUGCGCGAACUACGGGCGCUGCUCGCCGAGCCGCAUCCGCACACACUCAAAGUCAACAAGGUGGAGCCUUGGAACUCGGUGCGCGUAACGCUGUCGGUGCCGCGCGCGGCGGCGGCGCGGCUGCGUGCGCUGGCGGCGGCGGGCGCGCCGCAGCUUCGCGCGCUCGGCAUCCUCUCCGUGCAGCUCGACGGUGACGCCGCCGUGUCACUGCGACUGCAACAUGGCGCCGAACUCAGGAUCAACACCGACCCUGAUGAUGCAAGUACGUCAAGAUCGCAACCAAACGCGGAACUACUAGCUGGUUUGGGCGGUAUCGGUCGCAUACUGAGCGAGUCGGAUGGCGCGAGCAGCAGUAGUACGACGGAGACGCCGGCCGCCGCGGCGCCGCCCGACAGCUUCAAGUCCCCCAACACCGUGUGUCCCAUGGACGGCAAGAUACCACACAACAUUCCCACGCCGACCACCGACCGCUGCGAGUUCCCCUUCGGCAGCAUGACGCAAGCGAGGGUCAUACAUCGCAAGGAGAAUACCAUGGGACUAGCGGGUCCUCCAAGCAGUAUAAGGCCGCAAGCGGACGGUCCGUUCGCGCGACCGUCUACGUCAGCGUUCCCCGGCCCCCCGCCGCCAUACCCCGCGGCGUCCCCCCAGCCCCCUACGACCCCGACUACCCCUGGUCCACCCCCUACGCCUCCCACGGUCGCCAUGUCCUCCCCGCUACUUGUCAACUUACUGCAAAACGAUGCGGCCGCGCCCUCUCCCAGGCCGAAGCCGCCGCAGCAUCCAGCUAAGCUAGAUCGACUUGAAGAUGGACAGGUGGAAUUAGCAGUGGGUCGUCCACCGUUCGCGGAGUACCGGACGGCACGCACUCCGACCCCCAUGGCGGGGCCCGUGCGGUCCCCACUGGCGGGCCCCUGCACCCCGCCCGCGUCCCCCGCGCCGCGCCCCAGUCCACGGCCUCCUACAUUCGUGCGACGUGCUGCGCCUGCUGCCUACCGCGUGCAAGUGGCAGGCACGGGGGCGGGGGCCGUGGCGGGGGUCUCGGGUGGAAGAUUGCCCGGCCCAGGUUACGCGGUGUCCUUCCCCGCGCCACCGCCACCGCCCCCAUACCGGCAGGGUGGCGCGCGGCCCCGCCCGCCCCCCGCGCCACCCGCUCCCCUCGCACCCCCGCCGCAGCACGCGCAGCACUCUCGGGUCACGCCUGAGGAUUUGCAGGCGCUACUGCCGCCCCCCACUGCUUCCAUGGAUCAAAAGACGCAGUCUAGCUUCCAGGAGUUCCAGAGGUAUCAACAGCAAUACAUAGCGCGGCAGCGCGCAGCGUCCCGCGCGACCUCGCAGCCCGAUUGGAACGAGCCCUACCGGGACUCACUGGCGCUGCUGGAGCUCCCGGACAGCGACCUGGAACACCUCAUCGGUCCGACGCUGGGUGACGACCUCAACCUGGACGAGAGCGCAUUCUCCGCUAUCUCCGAGCUUGACGCUAGCGCCAAGCUCGACAUGUUGUUGUCCGGGAACAACGCGCACAACAACACGCCCGACUCCGUGCUCCAGGACAUCACGGGCGACCAGUACCCGGGCUCCUAUACAGAGCCGCAACGCCACGACGUGCCUUCUAAGUCGGACUCCUUCGACGGAGCCGACACCUUCAUGCCGCCGCCUCCCGUGCCGCACCACUCUAAUAAGUUCAGAAGACAAGAGUCCGAGAACGAGCAUCAGUCGGCGCCGAGCACGCCGUCGCCGGGGCAGCACGUGCAGUCUCCAGUGCACCAGCCGCAGCCCGCGCCGCCGCCGCAGUCGCUGCCCGCGGCCGCGCUCGCCCCGCCCUCCAUGCACCCGCCCAACGCGAUACACUCGCAGGCCACCGCGCAACACACACACAAUGCUCUCCACCACAACAUGCUCAACGCGGUGCACUCCCCGCACGGCGCGCACUCCGCGCACGCGAUGGCACAGAGCCCGCUGGGAGCGCUCGGCCUGCAGGGCGCGCACGCGCACAGCUCCGCGCAGCACGCGCCGGCGCCGCCUCACCUGCAGAAUGCGACGGCCGCGUUCAAGUCUCCGCCCUCCAGUGCCAGCCAGGCCAUGCCUCCCCCUCUGAAGCUGCCUGUCAGGGCGACCACGUCGGUAGCGACCGCCACUGUUGGCUCGCAGGCCUCUGCGCAGGAGAUCGAGGAGCAGAGCAAACAGUAUCUCAUCAAAACCCUCAUGAGGGACGAUGAUGUACCGCCGCCGCCGAAAGAACAGGAAAAGAAAGUCGAAGAGGUGACGGUCGCCAACUGCGAAGUAAAGGAAGCCGUAGAAGCCGCACCCGAAAUGUUCGGUAUCGCGAAGUCGUCGACUACAGACGACGACCCGCGGAGACCUGACGAUGACCUCAGAAUGAGAAAUAAGCUGGUCAAGAAAGAUCGAGACGACAAACUCGCACAGAAAGGCGGAAAGCCCCGGACUGUCGGCGCUAAAGAGAAACCCGCCACGCUCAAAGACAAGAUCGUCAGAGACAACAAAUCCACCAAAGCUGCCUUAUCACGCCCUUCGCCCCUAAAGCUCCCUGCACCCGCGAUAGACGCACCCAAGUCCCCACAAACUGAGAAAGAAUCUAUCAAACUCAGGCUAAAACUAGACAAGAAUGAACCAGCAGUCCAAACAGUAUACAAAGCAGACAUCAGCUUUGUCAACCAACAAAAAGGCGACAAGCCAAUCGACGGAGAACUGAGGGUCCCGCCUCUCCAUAUAAGCCUUCGAGGGCGGAAUUCCGCCGUGAUAAAAAACUCGAAAAAGGAAAAGAAAAAGUUUGGCCCUGGUGACUUGCAUACAAAGAAGAUUAAAAUCAGGAAAUCUUCAGAAUCAGAUGACAAGUCACAUAGGAGGGACUCUGAGGAGUCUAUAGCCUCAAAAUCUAGUGAAAGCACUGAGAACAAGACUGAUGAAGAGUAUUUAAAUGCGAAAGGCAUGAAGCUCAACAAUCACUACGAGGGCGACGCCGUGAAGACAGAGAUCACGGGCGACAACAACGUCGUGUACAGAAUGAAAACUAUCUCUAAGAACGCUCACAUCGUGACCAAGUCACACGACUAUAACAAACUGAACAACAAGGUGCAGAGCUUAGACCUAAAAAUGAAAAAGAAACUAAAAAUACUCAAUGAGAGUGGGAAGUCUUCAGACAAGGAGCGGGACAAGGAAUGGAGGAAUGACACGCUGGACAAAGAAGGGAAGUACGCGCAAAACGAGGGCUACAGAGAGCCGAACAAUCACGACGCCAAGAAGAAGUUACCUACUCCUAAAACAGAAGUGAAAUGUGAUAGUGUCAAGUCAGAGGGGAAAACAGUGCAAUCAGACGUGGAUAGUGAAAGUAAAACCGGUGCUAGUGAGUUGGACAGUAGUAGGUUGAUCAAGUGUCAUAAGGACCUCGAGUGGACGCUUAGUGGCGACGUGUCCGACUCUCAACACUUCGUGGAGUCGCGGCGCGUUGCCGAAGAUGACAAUAAGUUGAAACGGACAAUCGCCGAAAGUGCUAUUACCUCACCCAAUGGUCUGCUCACCUCUGAUAAGAAGAGGAAGGUCAGCCACAGUUCCUGUACAGAACCUCCGGGCUCGACAAACGUCGGCACGAUACCUACGAGCCGCGCCGAGUCUCCUCCCACGUCACCGCGCCGCAAGGACCGGCCCAAGGACAAGUCCUACUGCAAACUGGUGGCCGAGCGUGCCGCCAGACCUGACGCAGACAAGUUUGGCAGCCGCUCCCCCGCCAGCCAAGCGCAGGGAGAGGACUCCGGCAUCGAGUCCAUGGACGCUCUGUCGGAGAAGUCCCCCAAUCAGGCCAGCCAGUCCCCGCCCGGGCCGCAGCGCAAGGAACGUCUCGAUAUGCCGCGCUCCACCAGCCCCGCCUCCGUGCAGCGCAUCAUCGGAGUCAUCGAGCCCGCGCCCGCCUCCGACGAACUCCUCGAGCGACUGUCGCUCGCCGCGGGACCGCCGCGGUACGAGCCCGGCCCGCCAGACAUCGACGACCUCGGCGACAUUGAGGCAGAGCUCGCCAAGAUGCACGCCGACCACGUCAACGGGGACGACGCCCCGCGCCGGCCCCCUCCCCCCGCGCCCGGCCCCGCGCGGCCCCCCACCCCCAUACUGCGGGACGAGCCCCCCGCGCUGCGGGACGAAUCCGCGCCUACACGGGACCAGCCCUCCGCCACCACGACGACCGAUACCUCGCGCCCUGACAGCGCCGACACUUCGCCGCUGCGGGAUAAAGUCAAACUAGAGGACUUCGAUCCUCCACCCAGCAGGGUGUCACCGCCACUCUAUACAUACUCUAAUCAAGAGAAACUCGGGCCCGUCGAUGAUGUCAAGGAGGAACGCCCCGAGAGGACGGAGAACGGCGACGCGAGCACGGAGCGAGGCGAAACAGAUGAGAAGCACGAACCUAAGUUAGAGAGACUACCGCUGAAGGCGGACUUUCCGGAUAAGAGUCUAUUAGAACAGCUGCUGAUCGAGAUCCCGACGCCGGAGUACGCGGGCAAGAGGCCGGAGUCCCCCUCCCCGUCCGCGCUGGAGCGGGUCGCGCGCAGCAGCGUGCGCACGCGGUCCAGCAGCAAGCUCAGCAGCCCCGCCGAGCGCCCGCGCACGCCGCGCCACUCGCCCGCGCUCGCCAAGCUGGAGCGCGCGCCCUCGCCGCGCCCCGCGCCCCCGCCUCGCGCCGCGCCCCCCGCCAAGCGCCGCCGCCGCGAGUCCGAGAGCUCGGGUGCCUCCACGCUCAGCGCGGACGACGACGCGCGCCCCAAGAAGAAACCACGACGAGACGCGCCUCGCGCCCCCGCACCUCCCGCGCCAGCGCAGCCCGCCAAGCGCAAGGACUCCGAUAGCGACAGCGACGAGCCUCUAAUCUGCAAGGUUCGGGGCAAGGUUACCACCAAGCUGCGCGGCCCGCGGGCGCCCACCAAGGCCCCCGAGGCCGUGGGCACGCGACGCUCCGUGCGACACGGGCCUACGCCCCCGGGCCCUCCCGGUCCGGCGCCCGCACCCGGCCCUCCCGGCCCGCCCGGGGCUGCACCCGUACGACGCAAAACUCGCAGUGCUGUGGGCGAGGGCGCGGGUGCGGCGGCGGGCGUGCGGCGGCGGCGCAGCUCCAAAGACAAGUGA